GCGCCAUAAAUAAUUAUUGAUUAUUAAUCUAUAUUAGUUUCUCCUUUUUUUCUCUCUAAUACUUGGUUUGAAAAAAAGAGAUGUGUGACAAGCUCCCUAACGAAAUUCUUAUAAAAAUUCUUACCGAAGUACUUCAAGACAUGAGUUAUGAAAAAUUUAUUAAUCUUCGAUACGUCAAUAAUAAGUGGAAGUUGUUGGUAUCUGUGGUGAUCAAUGAUGAAUUUUCUCAAAAGUUGAAAAAAGACUUUGAAUUCAUGGUAAAAGGGAAAAAGCGUUUAUGGCAAAUAAUAUAUAAUCAUCAAGUUCGAACAGAUAAUAAAUUAAAUAUCAAAUCAACGUAUUAUGAUCCAAAAGAUGGAAAAUUUUCUUUUGAAAUCUCCCCUUCUCCUUCAUCACCAUCAUCAUAUUCACCGUUACCAUCAUCAACAAUAAUACAUUCAUCAUUAAACGCACAAUCAGAGUUAUCAUUAGAAUAUCUUUGUAAAGGUAGAGUAAUUUAUUGGAGAUUACCUACAAGUCAUUAUUAUAAUGCUCAUGAGGAGAGAAAUGAUGGUUGUAUUUUUGUUAAAGGAUUUUGGUAUGAAAAUCAAGAAAUUAAGCGUAUUAAAAUUAAUGCUUCAAUUAUUUUUAGAAUGUUGGAAGGUGAAGAAGAUUUUUGGGAAUCUUUUAAAAGAAGAAAUGUUAGUGUUACUAGAAUGUUAAAACUUGAAAUGUUAUACGUUUAAAGAUAUAAUAUAAUGAAAAUAGUUUUGAGAAAUUAAGAUAAUUCUAUGUAGAAUAAUUAAUAAUACGGGAUAAUAAUAUAAUUAUAUUAAUAGUAAUAAUACUCAAGAUACUGUAGUUACCGUGCCUU